AUGUGGGGAGGCUGCUGGGGGCUGCUGGUUGGCGCCCAGGUCGUCUCCGUGGGGGUUUUGUUGCAUGCUUUGGUCGCUUUGACCCAAGUGGAAGCUGCAAAUGAUGAAGAACCAUAUUCUGUUGAAUUAAUAAAAAAGAAUGACAUUUAUGGCAGCAUCAAUCAUAAAGUUGAUGUUUACAUAAAAGUGUAUACAAAUAGUCCAUUUCUAGUAUGCAUGGAUUUAGCACUUUCUCAAAAAGAACUUGUAGAUCCCAAAUACUUAUGGAUUGGUCCAAAUGGAAAGAAUCUAGAAGGACAAAGUUAUGCAACUGUCACUAAAACAGGAAAGCUGAUGGUGAGAGGUUUUCAGGAGUCUAUGUCUGGAUCGUACACUUGCACUCUUUCUUACGAUAUCAUCAAAACUGACACUCAAGAAGAGAAAGAAAAAUAUAAGGCAUAUAAAUUUAUGGUAUAUGCAUACCGGGAACCUGACUACACAUACCAGAUAUCUGUUCGGUUUACUACGAAAGAAUGCAGCCUAGCAGCCAAUGGUCAAUUCUUUGAAGGACUGAAGAUACACUUGGAUGACUUGAUCUCCCAUUUGACAUGCCAUAUCAUAGAACCAUCAUACAAAUGUCAUGUUGUCAAGCCACCGAAACAUGGCCUCCUGCAUGAGCUAUUUUUUACUUUUAAAGUAAAUCCUUUUGCCCCAGGAUGGGAAGCAGUUUGCCGUCAGAUUUCUUAUGAUUGUGAAGAUGAAACCAACAGGAGAAUUCAAAAGGCAAGAGAUCUCAUUGAAGAAUUUUUCCACGAACAACCUCUUGUUCUGAAGCAUGAGUUUCAGAAUAUACCUGCAAUACAUUAUAUAGACCACAGUUUUGAAGUUACUCGCAUUGACAGCUGUCGACCAGGUUUUGGAAAAAAUGAUGUCACCCACAGUGAUUGUGCUAGUUGUUGUGUGGUUUGUGACCCUGGAACAUAUAGUCCAAACAAUGAAAUAACCUGUCGGAUUUGUAAAAACAUUCGAAUCAAAUACUAUGGAGCUAAAUCUUGCUAAUAAACUUAAAAUAGAAAUUGGAAAACUGAAGAAAAGUUGUGAAAGCAUUAUUAUUCUUUUGUGAUGUCCAUUUUUUAACAAAUAGAGCUUUUACUGUUACAGUUAAACAGCAAAUCAUUUCAUAAUUCAUAUAAUUCUACUCUGUAUUUAAGAGCUAGCUGUGGCUGGAUAUUCUAAAAAUGUCUAACAUAAAAUGAUCAGGCAUGAAGUAAUUAAAUAGAAGAAAAGGAUUUGAAAACAAUUAUGAGCACUGAUAUGUAGCUUUUAAUGAAAAGUAUCUGGUUUGUUGUAAGGACAGUGAACACAGCUACAAAACUAUAAUUACUUUAAAAUAAAGAGCCAUAAGCAAUUCAUACAGAUGACAUAAAUAUUUUCUCAUAUACAACGUGCACCUUUUCCCCAAAAAUCAGUCUCCCAAAAUUGGGGUGCCUGUAUUAAUUGGGAAAGUUUUCUGUGUUGGAGAAGAAGCAUGUCUGAAGACACUGGGUGUUCCAUGCAGCUGCCCAGAUGGCUGCUGCUUGUCCCACUCAGCAAGCUUAAAGGGCCAAGUCCUGUGUUAACCCUCUCAUAGCCACAGCUAUUGGCUGAGCACUGUAGCUUAUGCCUGAAGCAGCAAGUGAGCAACUGGUGGUAUUGUGAUGAGGAUUGUGAUGUGAACACUGUUAUUUACAGGAACUUAUAUGAAGAACUACUUACA